GGCAAUCAAAUGGAAUUACAGAUCUACAGAAAGAGGAAUACAAAUCUUGGGUGUUUUCUAAGCUAAUACCGUGGGCCAAGUUUGAUUUUUUUAGGCGUGAGCCGGAAAAACAGAGUCGAGUUGAUGCCAUCAUCACCGGUAGUUACCCUUCCACCCACGUAAGCACGGUCAUCACAAAAUUUCUCAAUUUGACAAAGACUGGGAACGAGCUUAAACUCAACUUAAGCGAACUUUCUCUCUCCGUGGAUAUGCUCAAACAACUUGUGCAGUAUAACUCGAUAAAAAACAACAGCGCGAUCGGCGCAACAUCGGACCAACAAAACAUCGUGAGAGUGGCAAGUAAUUUACUGGAUGAGGAAAAUACAAAAACAUGGUUGCUGUUGCAGGAGAAAAGGGGAAACAUCACUGACAUACUUCUGAAGACUAUGGACGACUUUGCUUUUCAAGUGAACAGUAACCUUGGUAACUCAACUAAUAAAUCGGAGUUAUUAUCAAGAAACAUCGCUCUUAGAGUUGAUCGCUGGAACCCAAAACAUGAGUUGAAGGUUGACUUCGCUCAAUAUGGCGCAACAAUCCUUGUUCCUGGCUCAGCGAUCUCGGACACAGUGGAAACUUGCAUGUCCACCAUUGCCUACAGAACACUUGAAAAUGUCCUUAGGCUUCCAGUAGAUGGACCCAGUAAUAAUCAGAGCGCCGGAGGUAGGCUUCGGAGGAGUGGCACAAGCAUUGUUUCUUUCACUAUUCAUGAUGUGUAUCUGGUUCGCUGA